GAGGACUCAUAUUUCGGUUACACACUGUGAAGGUGCUUCCUGCUUCCUGUCGGGGAGUUUUCGCCAGCUUGUUGAACAGUUUUGGUCAUGUUUGGGAAUGUUUUGGGCAGACUGGUGACAGAAACACUUAGUGUUCACCGCUAUGUGAGGACUGUAGCUGUAUUACAGAGGGUAAGAGCCGCUUCUGUGCCGGUCAGGAGCUUCUCUGAUGUGAAGGACGAAGUGCAGCAGUCUUUUGACACCUCCCUGCUCGAGUUCCUGGUGUGUCCGCUGUCCAAGAAGCCGCUGAGGUACGAUGCUAAGACCAAUGAGCUGAUCAACGAGGAGCUUGGUAUUGCCUAUCCCAUCAUUGACGGCAUCCCCAACAUGAUCGCCCAGGAAGCCAGACUCAUACAGAAAGACACAGAUAAAGCUACCUCGACCACACCAACACAAGGGUAG